CACAAAAAGCAGUUCUAAAGAAAUUCAUUUUCAAUCUAGAUUUAAAAGUGCAAAUAGCUCCAGUGGCUUCCUUAUAUCAAAAUAACGUUCCACACGGCCACGAAAGCACAUCUGAAAGCACGCGAUGCAGUGGACGUCUUUGUUCGACAGCCAAAGCCGUCGCUGCGAGGGAUGAGCGGUGUUCGCGUGAUGAUGCUUUAUGCGCCUUGACGAGAUCAGCGAGGCAUUUGUGGUUCAUUUGUGGCAAGCACUUUGGGUGGAAUGACUGCUAUUUUAUAAAUGUAUUCGUUCGGCAACCGUUAGCACCUUUACAAAAUUUGUUUAAUUUUCAUUUGUUUCAAAGCGCCACCCCAAACAUUUACACUCGCCCACCCCAGACACGGCGUUUGGGAUUGUGCGCAGUGCACGCGGCGUCAGAAUGAUUCCUGUGUUUUGGUCCGUAAGGCAUGCUGCCGAGAGAAGCCCAUUGGCUCAUUAGUUACGUCGUUUUGUAACAAACAAAAAAUAACGAUUGCCAAAAGCCAUUUAGACAGACACUCUUCGCAAAGGAAACGGAUAAGCACCACCGUCUAAUGAGGCUCAUUCCGUCGAGUACAAUUAGAGCAGCAUACAAGUAAACUGGACAGCAGCUGGUGCUUUCAGGGGGAGUAUGUUUUGUUAGGGGAUUCAUGCUAUCUGCCCUAUCCUAUGCUAUACAUUCGAUUGUGCGCUGUAUCCUUGUAGAAUAGGAAUCGGAAGCAGCACAAAUGAAGUAAGGAUUCAUGCUAUCUGCCCUAUCCUAUGCUAUACAUUCGAUUGUACGCUGUAUCCUUGUAGAAUCGGAAUCAACAAAAAAGAAAUAAAGAGGUGGACGAGAGCAAGUUAUGUUUGAAAAACGGAUUACUUUAAAAAAAAGGAUAAAGAUAAGAGUCAGAAAAUGCGUUUAUACUGGAUUAAUCGGAUGAGCUAUAAAGCUAUUUUUCACAGAUGCCCAGUGGCGUUUGUCCAUGGUCUAUAAUACCUGCUCUGACGUAUGGAUCAGAUAGACGGACAUUAACACGCAGCACAUAACAAAAGAGGAGUGUGAAAAUACGCGUGGAGGAAUGCAGGCAUUUAAAUUACGCUGAGAGACGGGCGGUGGAACACGCGAACUGUGAACCAGACGCAGAUUAUAAAGACGACGACUCGUGAAGACCUUGGCAGGACGCACGCUAAAAGGGUGAUGCAUUGGCCCCCCGAUGGGAAAGAAUAGAGACGGAAUGUCAACCGAGGAAUUGAACGCGGUCAAAGAGCAACGGCCGUCGAGAGGGAUGGAGCGAUUCGAUCGACUCGCUCGCGGGUGCCGGGUGAUGUGUCGACAUCGCAGAAAUCGCGUGCCGUGCGGCGACGGCGUGGGGAAGGCCUUUCAUCGUCCAGCAGUGGAUUGAUCUUGUUGGCUGAUGGUCACGUUCCAACCGUGGGCCCUGAGCACCUCCCCCCCCCCCCGCAUCCCUGGUCGGGAGUGUUGCAGACUCGAAAUCAACUCAUUUCUUUCGAACUUCGUUUUGCGUUACGUUUGUUGUCUUUCCCCGGCACCUUCCGAAUAGCUCGGCUGGCUACGUACGGCGAGAAAGAAGUUCAACAUACAUAUAUACAUACGAGACGGACAAUACUCCCCUUUCACGGUAACUUUCAGCCUGUGGACUCGCCAAGUAAAAUCAAACCCGUGCCUAGGUAGCAGGUGAGUUACAGAUACAAAGGUGCAGCCCUUAAAUGACUCGCGUUCCUGCUGACGGAAAGGCUUUCACUUGAGGGCAGCUCAUAAAAGACCCACCUGGAGGGAAUUUUGCCUUCUCUUACUCUAUCGCUGACGGAGUAUACCCACACUUUAACCCACCACACGCGACUUGCCCGGUCGAUCGAACCGUGGGUGCACAGGUUACACCGCUGAGACGGCUGAGGGAGUAAUAAAAGUACAUUCGUAAUUAAAUAAAGCGUUGCCUUUUGUUUCAACUGCCACGCCGGGAGGUUGAACAGGACCGGCGACGCCUCUCAUCAGAAUCGUAAUUCAGACUGGAGGAAUCCGUUGAGCUCGGAAGCUCUUUUCCACAUUGUCCAGGAUGGGCGGGUCAAAGUCCAUGCGUGAGAAUGCUGCCAUUGCACCGUGACGAUCAUCCCGGGAGAGUUAAACUCGCCGAUAAUUGCUUUAUUGUUUUCGCAAUUGCGCACACUUAACUCGGCGUGUUACUGAACGAGUGUGGGCUGACUCGCUUCGCCAAUUGCCGUGGAGGCGGGAGUAAGCCGCGUGCAGAGACACGUGGCUGUCCUUCCAUCAGCUUGGCCCGUGGCUAAUGGCUCAACCCCGCGGUAAUGUGUACCCUUUAAUCAAUUAAGCCAAUUAAAGAUGACACCUGCACCGGCCAGCCAUGAAGGGUACCACCUCGCCACAGCCCGGCCAGGCGCGCUCUCAGGCUGGCAUUGAUUCAAGCAGUGGCAUCAACAAAUGAAAUUGGUGUUUAAUUGCUACAUUAGUAAAUUAGGCGUUCUGAAGAAGAGAGAAGAAACAACACCCGGGAUAUGUACCAUUGCCUAGGCAAGCCGGUUCAAAUUUCACUUAACAUUCAACCCUUCAGCUAAACCAAACGCUGACCAGCGCGAUGAUGAAGUAUGGCGUGGAGAGGCCUUCAUCCAGCAGUGGAUUGACUAACGGCUAUCACACAUCACUUGGUGCUGCUGCGUUGGCAGUGGUGCAUGAGCACAAAUAACAAACGACUCGGCACGUUCGUCCAUAGCACUGUGGCCUUGAAAUGCAAAAAUAUAUAAUAGGGGACGUUUUGGGCAAUGGCCCUCUCUUCGUGAUGUGUGUGUUAUGAAGGGUCAUUGCCUGAAACGUCGCCAAUGUAAUGUUAAGUUAUUUUUAUGGCGUCAUUCAUGCAAAUGACAUCAUAAUCGUUCAGGAACCGCAGGCAACCUGGAAGGCAGCCAAGUGGUGAGCCUGCGCCAAUUGUCAAAGCUUUGCGGUUGUCUAUAUAUUAAGAUGUUUCCAGCCGAUUAAUAAUAUUGGUGAGCGUUUGUAAUUGGUGAGUGUUUAUACACCUGGGAGGAAACCGGAGCUCCCGGAGAAACUCCACUGUGCGAGGGGGAAACACUCUAUCCCACACGGAAGGGACAGAUGAUCAGUCUGUACUUUGCUGAAACCGCAGUCUCCUGGCGAGUCGGGGUACGGCAAUCCCCUGGACGCCCGCGGGAAGGGAGCUUCACACCGUCUGCGCAAUGAUCCACCAACCUUCGCCGCUGCCUUUUCAUUGCGUCGACGCUAUCUAUAACGCACUCGGUGCGUUAUCCCCUGCAAUAUUUAUAGGAGCUGAUCCAUGGUUAUACUCCAACGAGGUCUCUGAGAUCUUAUUUUAACGACUCCGAGGUCAAGACUUUGUUCCACUGCAGAAUCGUUAGAUAUGUUUAAGUCCGUCUUGAAAACUCGGCUCUUAAAUCUGGCCUCUGCCGCCGAGCUCCUGGCUGCUCACCCAGCAGGUUCUGUUCAUGUCCUGCUUUCAAUACACGGUGGCGCAUUGGGACUUACCGAUGAAAUGCGCCUUACAACUACAUUAUCACGUGCAAAGGAUUUGUUGACGUCAUCAUCAGCCACGGUGGAUCCACUGCUUGUUUAAGCCGCCUCUCAAAUGUUGACGUUAAGGCGUCAAAUUAAUUUCCGUCCACCGCAAACGCGUAGGUUGCUUGUUUCGUGUCGCGUCAAAUAAUUAUUCGUGACACGAGUCGAGCCGAUGCAACAAAGCGCGUGGGAAGAGAACUGCGUUCUCUGAGAGUAAAGUGUCUCAGUAGAGUGUAUAAUGUGUAGCUGGUUGGAGUCGGAUAAUUGGGUUGUUUACGCGUCACUCAAAGUGGCUGCUGCGGGACGAUUAAGGGCAUUUAAACAUGCAUUGGCGUGACCGCGUGCUUGGCGAGAACGCGAAUGCAAGUCCUUUUAUUUACUUUGACUCGCUCUGCGGUCGCGUGGUUUUCAAUAUUUCACCCGCUCUGGGAGAUACAAGUUGAGUUUUGCAAGCGGAAAACCACAUUGUACCAAUUAUCUAUCUUGUUUAUUGGUUAAGUGAGUGGCAAAGGACACUUUAAUAAAAAUGGGUGUCUUAGUAGUCAACUGCCGUCGGGAUAUAUUUGGUGUCAAUUCUCGCUAAAGUUAUUUUGUAUUAUUAUAUAAUUUUACAGUAGGCCACCGCCAGUAAGGUGAAGCGUUGGCGACCGCGGUGAUGCAGUGUGCUCUGAACCCAGCGCCCUGAGUUUGAUUACCGGUCAAGGCUGGCAUCAGUCGUAAGCGAUAUCUGAACCGGUCUUGGGCUCACCGGCUACUUCCCCAACUCGCAUUGACCAGCGUGGUGAAGUAUGGUCAACCAAGUUCCGUGACCCACACGGCGUGUGUAGGCCUUCAUCCAGUAGUGGACUGACCAACCGUUGUACUUUAUUAUUAUUGAAUUCAGUAUUUUUGGACUGCAUUACGUAAAAUUAACUUUAAUCCUUAUACUGCAAUAACAGCGGAAUAAAAACCAGCCUGUGGCGGUGGGAUUUAGAUCCUCACGAGAGAGCCGCGUUUUGAAUGGGUGACUUGGGGGACAUCAGGGAGACCUCUGGAGGAUCUGUGAACUCAAUUGAAGCCACACACUCCGAGUUCACCGGUUGGACUCCACAACAGCAGCAGCAGCAACAGGAGGUGGUGGACAUCUCUGAAUGCGGGUUCACGAAGGAGAGCCUCGCUGGGUCGCUUUGCGCUCCGUGCAGGCGGUGUUCCCCGUCAGAGCCCCUCCGCUUCCUCUUCUGGCUCGGCUGCCUAACCUUCACCCAGGCGCUCAUGGUGAGCGGCUACCUGAGCAGCGUCCUCACCACGGUGGAGAGGCGCUUCAGCCUGCGCAGCUCCGAGUCCGGCCUCCUCGUCAGCUGCUUCGACCUGGGCAGCCUCGCCGUGGUGGUCUUUGUGAGCUACCGUGGCGGCAGAGGCAGGAGGCCGCGUUGGCUCGGCGCCGGCGGGCUGCUGGUGGCCCUGGGGGCCCUGGUGUUCGCCCUGCCGCACUUCGUGACUCCGCGCCACCACGGGGCCGGGCGGCCACGCGCCUCUACCCCCACCGCGGGGCUGCUUAGGCCGGCCGAGUCUGGCCGACAGCGGUUGUGCGCGUUCAGGCUGGCCGAGACGGGAGGCUUGGAGCUCGAGGACCAAGGGCCCAGGCCUGGGCUCGGUGAGAGACCAGAAGUUGGGCUGGGUCAGAGAUCGUGGAUUGUGCGGGACCAGAGGCCACAUUCAAGGUUGAGUAAUGGGCCAAGCGCCUUGCUGGACCGAGGUUCAGGGCCCGAUCUUGAUGGGAGAUCUAGGACCGUGCUGGCACAUUGGCCAGAGCUCAAGGUGGCUGAAGGAACUGGAGUUGGGCUGGAUCGGAGGUCAUGGACCAGGCAGGAGCAAAGACCACAGCUCACGCUGGAUGAAGGACCACAGACCUUGCUGGGCGAGAGCUCAUGGCUGGAUGGGCGGCCAAAGGCUGGACUGGGCGAGAAACCAAAUGCUGCGCUGGAUGGUAAGCCAGAAGCCAGGCUGGGCGAGACACCACAAGCAGGCCUUGAACAAUGGCCCGGGGCCAGUUUGAAUGACCGACCAGAGGCCGUGUUGGGUGAGGGACCAGGGGGCGAGAUGGAGCAAGCUCCAAUGCCCGGGCUAGAUGAGGGGUCAGAGCCCGACUGCGAGCAGGAUGAGGCAGGGGCCAAGGAAGAAGGAGGCAGCCAGCAGAGGGGACUGCCUCUGGCCCUGUUCGUGGUGGCACAGCUGUUGGUCGGCAUUGGCUCCACGCCGAUCUACACGCUGGGCGCCACAUACCUGGACGACAACGUGGAGCCCAGCAGCUCGGCCUUGUACCUGGGUGAGUGUCCCGUGGUGUCACGGUGGCGAAAUGUUACCACCCUGUACGUGGCGGGCGCGCUGGGUCCAGCCGCCGGCUACCUGCUGGGAGGGCUGCUCCUCGGGACGUACACGCACCCGGGGGAGUCGUCUCCUGUGCCGCCGGGGGACCCGACGUUCAUCGGCAACUGGUGGGGCGGCUUCGUCCUGUGCGCCGUGGCUCUCCUCGGGGUGGCGUUGCCUCUCUUCACCUUCCCCAAGAAGAUGCGAGGACGACGGAAGCCGUCCGUCCCCGUGACCGCCGCCGUCACGGAGCAGAAGGACGCUGCUGCUGCUGCUUCUGCUGCUGCUGCUUCUGCGGCUGCAGUGGUCGAAGAAGAAGAAGAAGCCUCGCUUCAGUCGAGGGGGAACAAAAGCGUCCCCGUUACAACGGCCAUCACCUUCGGCAGGGAUAUCAGAGAGCUGCCCCGGGCAGCGUGGAGGAUCCUGCGACGGCCCACGUUCGUGCUCGUCAGCCUGGCCUACACGGCCGAGUGCGCCAUUGUCACCGCCUUCGUCACCUUCACCCCCAAGUUCUUGGAGGCGCAGUUUGGCGUGCCGGCCUCCCGCGCCAGCGUGUACACAGGUGCGGUGAUCGUGCCGGGCGCCGGCGCUGGGCUGCUGCUGGGCGGCUUCGCCAUCAAGCGGCUGGGGCUGGGGGUGCGCGGAGCGGCGCGGCUCGCCGUGGCGUGCAGCGCGCUCUCCCUCCUCUCCUUCCUCCUCCUCUUCUCCUCCUCGUCGUCGUCGUCCGUCGCCUGCGAGGAGGAGGACGCGACCGCCGGAGGCGUCGACGCUCGGGGCUACCCCAGCAGGUGCUGCGGCGGGAGCCGGCGUGGUUGUGUGCGAGCGCGCCAUCGAGCCAGCGUGGGGUUGUCGCGGCCGCUCGUAAAGCGAGUGAGUACGCGCGCGCGUGCGUGCGCGCGUGCGUGCUUGGGAUGCGUCUGUCCGCCUGCCUUACAACGGCACGACAACUCUCGCGAAGACAAUCCAAUGCGAGCGAGGUUUAUGGACAAAGUUUGCGCCGCCGCUUCUGCUCGACCCAUGACAAACGCUUGCAAGGGCAAAAAACUCGUUCUGCGAUCGUUACCGAAUCCACGCGUGUGGCCGAUUUUUCUUCCUCGCUUUGCCGACCCCGCCGGUGCCGGCACACGCAGCUCGUGGCGGCGGUGCGGCGCGGCGCGGGGCCAGUGCGAGCCGCACGAAUACUCGCCCGUGUGCGGCUCCGACGGGGUCACCUACCUCAGCCCCUGCCUGGCUGGGUGCACCGCGGACAUCAGUCGCGGCUCGGCGGAGGUGAGUCGGCAGGGUGCACGUGUUGGGCGGGCAGGGGAGCUGAAUUUCACAUCUUGCCUGUGCGUGACGGCGGGACGCCGUGACGGCACCUCGUCCGAAGAGGCGCGAGCCGGGAGGAGGGGGCGACCGACGAAGGAGGGCCGCACGAGCACCGGCGGUGAAGGCGACGAUGAAGGCGACGAUGCCGGGCCCGCCGGUUACGCCACGCCGGGCAGGUGCCCCGGCAAAUGCCGGACCCUGGCACCGUUCUUGGCGUUCCUCUUCGUCGUCACCCUCGUCACGGCCGGCGCCCAACCGGCAGUCGUCGUCGUCACGCUCAGGUCGGUCGACGAACAAGAGAGACCCUUUGCCCUCGGCAUGCAGUUCGUUCUCCUGCGGGCGCUGGCCUACAUCCCGACGCCCGUCUACUUUGGCGCCGUGAUAGACGCGACGUGCGUGCUCUGGGGCGGCCGCGGCGGCGGAGGAGGAGGGGGCGUGGGCGAGCGGCCCGCCGGCUCGUGUUGGCGGUACGACACCGGCUCGCUCGCGCGCGCCGUCUUCAGCCUGGCGGUAGCCCUCAAGCUCCUGGGGUUCGUCUUCAUCGCGCUCGCCUGCUACUCGGCGAGGGGGGCCGGGAACGUUCCCGCGGAUGGCGAGGGCCCACGGCGGCGCCGUGACGCCGCUGCGAGCGAACGCGUCGGCCCAGCGUAGUGUGAACAACAACAACAACAAUGACGACAACAACGACGACAAAAAACCUCGCGUCGACAUCGAGGCUCAGCUGCCACCGUUCCCUCGCUCGAAUUUGCGCGGGCCGAAAAAUCGCCAAGCGGAUGGCAACAAACAGCACUGUUGGAGUUGGGAGUCGACGCGUUUCGCGAAUUUGAGCGAGAUUGUUGUGAUAAUUUGGGCAGGGGGGGUGGAGGGAAUCGACGGGUGAAGGGAUUUCGUAAAAUUGAGCGGUGGUGAACGAGAAGUGUACAGAGAAGGUGGUAUGACCUGCAGUGUGGUGAGUGAGUGCGUGGGUAAGUGGGUUGGUGAGUGAGAGUGUUGUUGUGACCUGCAGUGU